CAGAGAUAGGAGGCUGCCGAGGAGGACACAGAGUCAUGUGCAGACAGUAGAGGAGAGUGCACUACAGGCAGCAGGUGACCACAUAUACUUUUUAGGGAACCAGAAAUGGACAUAGAUGAGGAGGAACCUCCAGUGCCUCCCUUCUGGGAAGAUGAAAGAGUGUCCUAUAUGGGAAGAUGGCUUCAACGUACCUUGAAAGUCAAAGAAGAUCGUUGGAUAAAGUUUGUAGAGGAUGAGCAGAAUGAGAAGAUGCUGAAAGAUUUUUUUGAUCAAAGAGAUCAUAUCCUGCUGAUGUUUUCAGCUGCCCCUAAAGGAGGGAUAUCAGUGACUCAAGAGAUUAAUGGAAAUGUAAGGGGCAAGACUGGUUACAUCAUGAAGAAGCUGCCAACGACCAUUGACCUAGACAAUUACAAGAAAGCGCUAAUCCUCGGGGAAUUGUCUGGUGUCUCUUUUAUCCAGACAUCUACACUUAUGGAGGAGGUCUUGAUGCCUGUCCUUUCUAUUAAGAAGAGUUCCCAGUCUUUGCCGAGUGUCAUAUCACAAGAUAUGGAGCUUCACGUGGAGUCUCUGAAGAAUAAAAUCCUUGUAGUAAAAGGACUUCUGUCUGGAAGGACCAUCUUACCUCUUCCUAGCAAAUUAGUUACAAGUGGAUCAAACCAGCUGGAUACAAUAAAAAAAGAGAAUGUGUACGACAGAGGAGCGCUCCAUGCAUUUGAAUCCAUGCUGAUAAAGUGGUCGUAUCAAGUGCGAGAUGUCAUUGAAACAGAUUCUGCACAGCCUCUUUUAAAAGGUCUCAAUCCAGGACCAUCUUUAGAGCUUAAUUUCUGGAAAGCAAGAAGGGAGAAUCUUGCUGGAAUUUAUGAGCAGCUCCAAGCAGCAAUUGUUCAGAAAAUGUCUGCCAUCUUGAAAGAAAAAGAGAGUAGUUACUAUCCAACACUGCAGAACAUAAUCACUGAGGUUAAAAAUGCUCUUGUUGAAGCAGAAGAUAUUGACCUGCACUUGAGAACAUUAGAUUCACAGAUCAGGUUAUUAGAGGAGACAGACUUUCCUCAGAUACGAGUUGUAAUUCCUCCUCUAUUUCACACUAUAUGCCUGAUCUGGAGUCACUCCGAAUUUUACAACACUCCAGCGCGGAUUAUUGUUCUCCUGCAAGAGUUCUGCAACUUGCUCAUUGAUCAGGCAAAAUUGUAUCUUUCACCAGAAGAUCUUUUCAAAGAGGAAACUGAGGACGCACUGGAGCAUGUACAAAUUGCAGUGAAUGUCCUUAGGACCUUCAAGCAUUCAUUUCAAAGUCACAGAAACAAUCUUGGGUCAUUUUACCGAGACAGUAAUGAAUUCAAACCUUGGGAUUUUCGCUCUCAACUGGUGUUUGCUAGAUAUGACAGAUUUCUUGAGCGUUUAAUGAAGAUUGAGGAUAUACUGAAAACAACAAUAGAGUUUCAAAAACUAGAAAAACUGGAGUUCGGAGGUAGCAAAGGGAGCUCCUUGACUGAACAGGUUGUAGGUCUUCAAGAAGAUUUCAAUGAGAGAUGCAAGGUGUUCAGAGAAUAUACUCAGGAUCCAACGGAUUAUGCAAAAAUGGAGUUUGAAAAGGAUUACGCAGAGUUCAAAGCCACAGUUUCAGACCUUGAGACUCAAAUUGCAACAAUGAUAUGUCUUGCUUUUAAAGACUGUUCUGGCUUAGAGUCUGCAUUCAAGUUACUGGCUAUCUCUGGUUAUUUUCUUGAAAGACAGACCAUAUUGGAUCUAUUCAGCCCAAACUAUUUCACUCUGCUCCAGAUGUAUAGUGACGAACUUGACAAAUGCAAGCUGUUUUAUGAUGAGCACGUUAAACAGAUGGAACAUUUUGUUGUACACAAAAAUAUGCCAACCCUUUCUGGAAUCUUGAAAUGGACUAAGGAACUGAAGGACAGAAUACAGACAGUGUGGUCAAACUUCAGAUUCAUCCAGCACGAAAGCAUGGAAAGUCCAGAAGCUUCAUCCAUCUAUCAGAAAUAUAUGGAGAUGAUGACUUUGCUGGAUCAGUAUGAGGACAGAGCAUAUGACCAGUGGAUAUCUAAAGUGGAUGAUAUUUGCAGAUUCAAUCUAGACCAACCACUUAUAAAACGUAACCAUGAUGAUGGUCUUCUCAGUGUCAACUUUGAUCCCAAGUUAGUAGCAGUGUUACGAGAGGUGAAAUAUCUUCAAGUACUCAAUCAUACCGACCUACCUAAGGCUGCAUUAAGUAUUUUUGAAAAGAAGGAAAUCCUACACAAGUAUAUUGGCAGUUUGGAGCUUGUGGUCCAUUGGUACAAUACAGUAAAGAAGACCGUGCUGGAAGUAGAAUACCCCUUAAUUAAGGAAGACAUGGCGGCUAUCAAUGAACAGCUAAGAGCCGCAGAGGAACGUUACACAUGGAACAGUGGAGACUGCUGGGAUUACAUGGUUCAACUGAAAUCUGUAGUCUACGAUUUGGAGAGGAGAUUACAGAAAUCUAAAGACAAUAUAACUGCAAUGCAGCAGAUUAUGAAUUCUUGGGCUGAGCAGGCAUUGUUUUCACGAAAAGAGAAUAAAAAGGAAUCCCUGAUCAAUCUCGAAGAUAAAAAUGAACGAUUAAGUAAAAAGUAUAAAUCAAUCCAAGACGAUGGCUAUAAACUGCGCAGUUUCGCUGAGGAGAAUAUGAAACUCUUAAAGGCUGUUCCAGAUGUAGACGCAUGGAAGAUCUAUAUGGAGUACAUGGACGACAUUGUGACAGAUGGACUGUAUAAAACUAUUCUUCAUUCUUUGGAGUUCUUUGUAGACAACACAGAUGAUAGAUUAAAGCCAGCUCCCCUAUUUGAGGCACAAAUGUGUCUUAGUGGUCAUGAAAUUGUAUUUAAGCCCUCGUUACAGAAAGAAGAUGGGGAUGGUCUCUAUGACCUCAUGGAAGAGCUUCUUGGUGACAUUUUUAAAAUAUCAGGACAAGUAAAAAGAAUUGCCAAACAUUUUGGUGAAGACAAUUACCAGAACGACCUGGAUGAGAUGAGUGACCUCUCGGGUGUCCGACAAGGAAUUAUGGACAAGAUAACAGUUGUUAUUGGCAAAGUCUUGGAUUUCAGAGGCACAUACGAUUCCUAUUCACACCUGUGGACGGACGACAGGUCAGAGUUUAUGAGACAAUUUCUUCUAUAUGGUCAUGUGUUAACAUCAGAAGAAAUUGAGGCUCAUGUUGAUGAUGGGGUUCCAGAAAAUCCACCCUCCAUAGAUCAGUUUAAAGAGCAGAUUGACAUCUAUGAAAACCUUUAUACUCAGAUGUUUUCAUCUGAAGAUACCAAGGUCUUUGAAAGUUGGUUCAGGCUGGAUUUAAAGCCUUUUAAAAUGAGCAUGCUUGUGAUCAUACGAAAGUGGAGCUGGAUGUUUAAAGAGCAUCUUCUCAGAUUUGUCGUUGACAGUUUGUCUGACCUGGAGGAAUUUAUUAUAGUGACAGAUUCUGGUCUUCAGCAGAAAGUGCCCGAAGGAAACUAUGCUGCACUUGUUGGCGUUAUGGAGCACAUUCUGGCCGUGAGAGACAGACAAGCAGCAACUGAUGAGCUUUUUGAACCCAUCAAACAGACCAUUGCCUUGUUAGAAAGUUAUGGACAAAAACUGCCAGAUCAGAUUUACACACAGCUGGAGGAGCUACCAGAAAAAUGGAACAACACCAAAAAAACAGCAGUUACUGUGAAACAUGACCUGUCUCCUCUGCAGAUAGCAGAGGUUUCUGUUGUCAGGAAAAGAUGUGUUGCUUUUGAUUUGAAACAGAAUAAUUUCAGGGAGAUGUUUUGCCUGGAAACUCCAUUCUCGUACAAUUCUCAGAAUCCAUAUAUUCUUCUGGAUAAGGCCAACCAAGACCUGCGUGCCUUAGAGCUAGAAGUGGAACAGAUACAAGAAUCCGCUGAUCUCUUUGAAGUAGCUGUUCCUGAUUAUAAGCAAAUGAAGAAAUGCCGCGAGGAAAUAAAAUUGCUUAAGGAAUUGUGGGACAUUAUAUAUAACGUUCAGAGCUGUAUUGCUGAUUGGGUUAAAACCCAGUGGAGGCAGAUUAAUGUGGAACAGAUGGACGUUGAACUAAGAAGGUUUUCAAAGGAGCUCCUGUCCUUAGAUAAGCAGGCUCGUUCAUGGGAUGCAUAUGUCGGCUUGGAUAUGGCUGUGAAAAACCUCAUCACAUCUUUACGAGCAGUCACGGACCUACAAAACCCAGCAAUUAGGGAACGACAUUGGCACCAGCUAAUGAUUGCAACGAAGGUCCAAUUUACAAUGACCGAGCAAACCACACUAUCCGACCUACUUGCACUGCAGCUGCAUAAGGUGGAAGAUGAAGUGAGGAACAUUGUAGACAAAGCUGUGAAAGAAAUGGGAACUGAGAAAAUACUUACAGAGAUAAGCCAGACCUGGACUGCUCUGGAGUUUUCCUAUGAAAAGCAUCACCGUACAGGAACACCCCUGAUAAAAACCGACGAGCAGCUAUUUGAGACUUUGGACAGUAACCAGGUGCAGUUACAGGCAAUUAUGCAAAGCAAAUAUGUUGAAUAUUUUAUCGAACAAGUGUCCAGUUGGCAGAAACGUCUGAACCUGGCUGAUUCGGUGAUUUACAUUUGGAUGGAAGUCCAGCGUACUUGGUCUCAUCUAGAAAGCAUCUUUAUUGGUUCAGAAGACAUCAGAAACCAGCUUCCAGAAGAUGCGAAGCGCUUUGAUGGAGUGGAUGCCGACUUUAAAGAAUUGAUGUUCGAGACAGAGAAAAUAAGAAAUGUGUUGGAUGCAACAAAUCGUCCCAAACUGUAUGAAACUCUUGAUGAAUUGCAGACGAGACUGUCGCUAUGCGAGAAAGCCUUGUCUCAGUAUCUGGAAACAAAGCGUUUGGCUUUCCCACGUUUCUACUUUGUGUCCUCUGCAGAUUUGCUGGACAUUCUUUCUAAAGGAAGUCAGCCGAAACAGGUGACACGACAUUUGGCAAAACUUUUUGACAACAUUGCGGAUCUCAAAUUCCAAGAGCAUGUUGAAAACGAAGCAUCUGGGAUGUACAGCAAAGAGAAGGAGUUUGUCCCAUUUAGUGUGGCUUGCCAGUGUAGUGGACAGGUGGAACACUGGUUGAAGAAUGUGGAGGACACCAUGUGUGAAACUGUGCGGCAUCAUAUAACCGAGGCUGUGGCUGCAUAUGAGGAUAAGCCGAGAGAACAGUGGAUAUUUGACUAUCCAGCUCAGGUGGCAUUGACCAGUUCCCAGAUCUGGUGGACCAUUGAUGUUGGAAUUGCAUUUGACAGACUGGAGGAAGGUUUUGAAACGGCGCUCAAAGAUUAUAAUAAAAAACAGAUUAAUCAUUUAAAUGCUCUCAUUACGAUGUUGUUGGGUGAACUCUCCCCUGGAGACAGGCAGAAGAUCAUGACCAUAUGCACCAUAGAUGUCCAUGCCAGAGAUGUGGUUGCUAAGCUGGUUAUGCAUAAGGUGACCAGCGCUCAAGAUUUUGCUUGGUUAUCUCAACUGAGACAUCGUUGGGAUGACAAACAAAAGCACUGCUUUGCCAAUAUUUGUGACGCCCAGUUUCAGUAUUCUUACGAAUACUUAGGAAAUACACCUCGUCUGGUUAUCACACCUUUGACUGACAGGUGCUACAUCACCCUGACACAGUCUCUCCACCUGACUAUGAGCGGGGCUCCGGCCGGCCCUGCUGGAACAGGAAAAACGGAGACAACCAAAGAUUUAGGUCGGGCCCUGGGGGUGAUGGUAUAUGUCUUCAACUGCUCUGAACAGAUGGAUUAUAAAUCUGUAGGAAACAUAUAUAAAGGCCUGGCGCAGACCGGAGCCUGGGGAUGCUUUGAUGAAUUUAACAGGAUUGCAGUAGAAGUUCUGUCAGUGGUUGCAGUACAAGUGAAAAGUAUUCAGGAUGCCAUCCGCAACAAGAAAAAGAGAUUCUUUUUCCUUGGAGAAAACAUCACAUUGAAGCCAUCAGUGGGAAUAUUUAUCACUAUGAACCCUGGUUACGCCGGCCGCACAGAACUGCCGGAGAAUCUCAAGGCCCUCUUCAGGCCAUGUGCCAUGGUGGUUCCAGACACGGAGCUGAUCUGUGAAAUAAUGCUGAUAGCUGAGGGGUUCCUUAAUGCCCGCCCUUUAGCCAGGAAAUUUAUUACCCUUUACACGCUUUGCAAGGAGCUGCUUUCCAAACAGGAUCACUAUGACUGGGGCCUGAGAGCUGUAAAGUCCGUUCUUGUUGUAGCAGGCUCCCUAAAACGAGGUGACAGCAACCGGCCAGAAGAUCAGGUACUCAUGCGAGCUUUACGAGACUUCAAUUUACCUAAGAUAGUAACAGAUGAUGUCCCAAUUUUCCUGGGCCUGAUCAGUGACCUGUUUCCUGCACUGGAUGUUCCCAGGAAGAGGGACCUUCACUUUGAACAGAUGGUUAAGCAGUCUAUGCUCGAGCUUCACCUGCAGCCCGAAGAGAGCUUUAUUCUCAAAGUUGUCCAGCUGGAGGAGUUACUAGCUGUGCGCCACUCAGUCUUUGUGGUUGGAAAUGCAGGAACUGGAAAAAGCAAGGUGUUAAGGACACUAAACCGGACAUAUAUAAACCGCAAGCAGAAACCGGUGUGGAAUGAUUUAAAUCCCAAAGCGGUGACCACUGAUGAACUCUUUGGCUUUAUCCACCCCAGCACACGAGAGUGGAAGGAUGGUCUCUUCUCAAAUCUUAUGAGAGAACAGGCAAACAUAACUCACGAUGGUCCUAAGUGGAUUGUGCUUGAUGGAGACAUUGAUCCCAUGUGGAUUGAAUCACUGAACACAGUAAUGGAUGAUAAUAAGGUCCUGACGCUUGCGAGCAACGAAAGAAUCCCUCUGACUCCUACAAUGCGUCUAGUUUUUGAAAUUCAUCAUUUGAGAACUGCAACUCCGGCCACUGUUUCUAGAGCAGGAAUUCUUUAUGUCAACCCCCAGGAUCUGGGUUGGAAUCCGUAUGUGACCAGCUGGAUAGAUACCAGAAGUAGCCAAACAGAAAGAGCCAAUCUCACCAUCCUUUUUGACAAGUAUGUGCCUCCAUGCCUGGAGCAGUUCAGGACGGGGCUUAUUAAAACCAUAACACCCAUUUCAGAGAACAGUAUGGUUCAGACACUGUGUUCUCUUCUUGAUUGUCUACUGACCCCGGAGAAUGUUCCUCAUGACUCUUCCAGAGACCUAUACGAGUUGUAUUUUGUCUUUGCCUGUAUCUGGGCAUUUGGUGGGGCUCUACACAAAGACCAGUUAAUAGACUACAGAGCUGAAUUCAGUCAUUGGUGGAUCAAAGAAAUGAAAGCAGUGAAGUUUCCAGGCCAAGGAACAGUUUUUGAUUAUUAUUUGGAUAACAAAACCAGAAAGUUCAUCCUUUGGAGUGAAAAAGUUCCCAAAUUUGAUAUGGACCCAGAUACCCCUCUACAGGCAGUUUUCGUCCAUACUUCUGAAACCACAUGCCUUGGAUACUUCACAGAUCUUCUUAUAAAAAAGUCUAAGCCAGUCAUGCUGGUCGGCAGUGCAGGAGUGGGCAAGACUGUGUUUUUAAAUGACAGACUAGAGGGCCUAUCUGAUCAGUACAUGAUAUCCAAAGUACCUUUCAACUACUAUACUACAUCAGCCGCUCUGCAAAGGAUCCUUGAGAAGUCUUUGGAGAAGAAAGCAGGGCGUAACUAUGGUCCUAUUGGAAACAAAAAGUUGGUGUAUUUCAUUGAUGACUUGAACAUGCCUGAGGUAGACAAGUAUGGAACUGUCCAACCUCAUGCCCUGAUCAGACAGCACCUCGAUUACGGCCACUGGUAUGAACGGCAAAAAAUAACCCUUAAAGAAGUUCACAAUUGUCAAUAUGUUGCUUGUAUGAAUCCAACUGCAGGAAGCUUUACUAUUAACCAACGAUUGCAGAGACAUUUCACUACUUUCGCUGUAUGUUUCCCAUCAAAUGAUGCACUAGAAGCCAUCUUUGCCAAGAUCCUUAGUUUCCACUUUCAGCAACACUCGUUCCACCCAUCAAUUCUGCGAACUGGACCAACCGUGAUUCAGGCUGCAAUGGGGCUCAGCCAGAAGAUGGUGCAGAAUUUCCUUCCAACUGCUAUCAAAUUUCAUUAUAUAUUUAACCUCAGAGACAUUUCCAACAUUUUUCAGGGGAUUUUGUUUGCUACUCCAGACUGUUUAAAGCAACCAAAUGAUCUGGUUCUGCUUUGGCUUCAUGAGUCAUCUCGAGUGUAUGGAGACAAAUUGGUAGAAGAAAAAGACUCAGAAUUAUUUAAGAAAAUUCUUUACGACACAGCAAGAAAGUACUUUGAAGGAUUAGAAGACCAGGUCUUCUUGAAACAGCCACUUAUAUUUUGCCAUUUUGCAAAUGGUGUUGGAGCUCCUGUUUAUUUGCCAGUUCAAGGAUGGGAUUCCCUCAGGAAAACACUUGUUGAAGCCCUUGACAGCUACAAUGAGCUCAAUGCAGCCAUGAAUCUUGUUUUGUUUGAAGAUGCAAUGCAACAUGUAUGCCGUAUUAGUCGCAUUUUGGAGGCUCCUCGUGGUUAUGCUCUACUGAUAGGAGUUGGUGGCAGCGGUAAACAAAGUCUGUCAAAAUUGGCAGCGUACCUCAGCUCUUUGGAAGUGUUCCAGAUCACUUUGAAAAAUGGAUAUGGGAUCCAAGAUCUGAGAGUGGAUCUUGCCAAUUUGUACAUCAGGACUGGCGCCAAGAACAUGCCCACUGUGUUUUUGCUGACAGAUGCCCAUGUUCCAGAUGAAUGCUUUCUCGUUCUGAUUAAUGACUUGUUGGCAUCAGGAGAGGUCCCUGACCUGUUCAGUGAAGAAGAAGUGGACACCAUUGUAUCUGGUAUUCGGAAUGAGGUGCGAGGACUUGGAUUGGAAGACUCCAAAGAAAAUUGCUGGAAGUUCUUCCUGGAGAGAGUUAGGCUUCAGCUUAAAGUCAUUUUAUGUUUCUCUCCAGUUGGUUCCACCCUGCGUGUUCGAGCUCGGAAGUUCCCAGCUAUAGUUAACUGCACGGCUAUUGAUUGGUUCCAUGAGUGGCCACAGGAGGCCUUGCAGUCUGUCAGCAGGAGGUUCAUUCAAGACACAGAGAGUAUUGAGGCAGAUGUGAAGGAGUCAAUUAGUCGAUUUAUGGCAUAUGCACACACAAGUGUUAAUGAAAUCAGUGCUAAAUACUAUCAGAAUGAAAAACGAUAUAAUUAUACCACUCCAAAGAGUUUCCUGGAGCAAAUCAAUUUGUACAAAAAUCUCCUGGACAGAAAAAGGAAAGAGUUAUCUCAGAAAAUGGAACAUUUAGAGAAUGGUUUGCAAAAGCUGAAGACCACAGCGUCGCAGGUAGAAGACCUAAAAGCUAAACUUGCCUCACAAGAAGCAGAAUUGAAACAGAGAAACCAAGAUGCUGAAGCUUUAAUAGCUAAAAUAGGGCUUCAGACAGAGAAAGUGAGCCAGGAAAAGACCAUUGCUGAUGCAGAAGAGCAAAAGGUAGCAUCAAUACAAUUAGAGGUGUCUGUGAAGCAGAAGGAUUGUGAGGAUGACCUGAUGAAAGCUGAACCAGCUUUAGUUGCGGCCACUGAAGCUCUGCAUACCCUUAAUAAGGUAAACCUUACUGAGCUUAAAACCUUUCCAAACCCACCAUCUGCGGUGAUAAAUGUUACCGCUGCUGUAAUGGUGUUGCUGGCCCCCCGAGGCAGGAUACCUAAAGAUCGGAGCUGGAAAGCAUGCAAGGCAUUAAUGGGAAAGGUUGACGACUUUUUGCAAGCAUUAGUCAAAUACGACAAGGAGCAUAUUCAUGAUAAUUGUUUGAAAGUGGUAAAGGAACAGCAUCUAAAGAACCCGGAAUUUAACCCAGACCUGGUUCGCUUAAAGUCAUAUGCAGCAGCUGGUCUCUGUGCUUGGGUCAUUAAUAUUGUGAAAUACUAUGAGGUAUAUUGUGAUGUUGAGCCCAAACGCAGAGCCCUGUCUCAAGCCAAUGAUGAUCUUAAAGGAGCUACAGAAAAACUUGAUGCAAUUCGUAAAAAGCUUCACGACUUGGACAACAAUUUGAAGAGACUGCAACAGUCUUUUGCAAAAGCAACAGCUGAGAAAAUCAGGUGCCAAGAAGAGGUUAAUCGCACGAACACCACCAUAGAACUGGCCAACAGACUUGUAAAGGGCCUCGAGUCUGAAAAUGUUCGUUGGAGUGAGUCCAUAAAAAAUUUUGAAGCUCAGGAGAAGACUUUAUGUGGUGACGUGUUGUUGACUGCUGCAUUUGUAUCAUAUGUGGGUUCUUUUACAAAACGCUAUCGUCAGGAACUUAUGGAACAAAUGUGGCUUCCUUUCCUCAAGUCUCAGAAGGUUGCAAUUCCAAUAUCUGAAGGUCUCGAUCCAAUUGCCAUGCUGACUGAUGAUGCUACUGUAGCCGCCUGGAAUAAUGAAGGUUUGCCGGGAGACAGAAUGUCAACGGAAAAUGCCACCACUUUAAUAAACUGCGAGCGAUGGCCUCUUAUGAUAGAUCCUCAGCAACAGGGCAUCAAAUGGAUUAAGAAUAAAUAUGGAGCUGCCUUGAAAGUUAUAAAUUUAGGACAGAAAGGCUACUUAAAUACAAUUGAAAAUGCAUUGGCAUUGGGUGAUAUUGUGUUAAUCGAAAAUCUGGAUGAAAGCAUUGAUCCUGUACUUGACCCUCUUUUGGGAAGAAACACAGUUAAACGAGGAAGAUAUAUAAAGAUAGGAGACAAAGAAUGUGAAUACAGCAAGAAGUUCCGAUUAAUCCUUCAUACAAAGCUCGCCAAUCCACAUUAUAAACCAGAGCUUCAGGCUCAAACCACCCUUAUUAACUUUACGGUCACUACAGAUGGACUUGAAGACCAGUUACUGGCUGAUGUGGUCAGCAUCGAAAGACCAGAUCUGGAGAACCUGAAGUCCAUGUUAACAAAACAGCAGAAUGAAUUCAAGAUAGAACUGAAACGCCUGGAAGAUGAGCUGUUGAUUCGCCUCUCAGCAGCAGAAGGAAACUUUUUGGGUGACAUGGAGCUUGUGGAGAAAUUGGAAUCAACUAAAACCACAGCUUCCGAAAUCCAACUCAAGGUGGUUGAAGCAAAAGAGAAUGAAAUAAAAAUUAAUGAAGCCAGAGAACACUACAGGCCUGCAGCAACCAGGGCGUCACUGCUUUACUUUGUUAUGAGUGAUCUCAGUAAAAUAAAUCCAAUUUACCAGUUCUCGCUAAAAGCAUUUAAUGUAGUUUUCCAUAAAGCAAUUGGACGAGCAGGAGCAUCAGAAGAUGUGAAAGAGCGGGUGUCCAACCUUACAGAAUGCAUUACCUACUCUGCAUUUCUGUACACAAGCCAGGGACUCUUUGAAAAGGAUAAACUGACAUUCCUCUCCCAGAUUGCAUUUCAGAUUCUUCUAAAAUCAAAGGAAAUUGACUCUUUGGAACUGGACAUUUUGCUGCGCUUCCCUGUUGAUCAAGUUUACCAAAGUCCAAUUGACUUCCUGUCAGUUCAGUCAUGGAGCGCCAUAAAGAUGAUUUCCUCGCUGGAUGAAUUCAGAGGCUUAGACCGAGAUAUCGAGGGAUCAGCAAAACGAUGGAAAAAGUUGGUGGAUUCAGAAUGUCCAGAGAAGGAGAGAUUCCCUCAGGAGUGGAAAAACAAAACCUCUUUACAAAAAUUGGUUAUAUUAAGAGCACUACGUCCAGACAGAAUGACCUACGCAAUCAGAAAUUUUGUGGAGGAGAAACUUGGGUCAAAGUAUGUGGAGGGAAGACGUCCAGAUAUAGCCAAAUCCUAUGAAGAGACCAGCCCAGCAACGCCCAUAUUCUUUAUUCUGUCUCCUGGAGUGAACCCUCUCAAAGAUGUGGAGUCCCUCGGUAAUAAACUGGGCUUCACCAUCGACUCUGGAAAAUUCCAUAACAUUUCACUAGGCCAAGGGCAAGAAAAAGUAGCAGAGGAGACCAUGGAAAAAGCUGCAGAGCUAGGGCACUGGGUGAUCCUGCAGAAUGUUCAUUUAGUGGCCAAAUGGUUGGCGACCCUGGAAAAACUCCUUGACAAGUACAGCACUGGGAGCCAUGAGGAUUACCGAAUCUUCAUCAGUGCUGAGCCGGCAUCAACUGCAGAAGAACAUAUCAUUCCUCAGGGAAUACUUGAAAAUUCUAUCAAAAUCACCAAUGAGCCGCCCACUGGGAUGCUGGCAAACUUACACUCUGCACUCUACAAUUUUGAUCAGGAUACACUGGAAAUUUGUGCAAGAGAGCAUGAAUUUAAGAGCAUUCUUUUCUCUCUCUGCUACUUUCAUGCUUCUGUUGCCGGGAGACUUAAAUUUGGUCCUCAAGGUUGGAAUCGCAGCUAUCCGUUCAAUGCUGGAGACCUGACUAUAUGUGUCAAUGUCCUAUACAACUAUCUAGAAGCCAAUACAAAGGUACCAUGGGAGGACUUGCGCUACCUGUUUGGUGAAAUUAUGUAUGGUGGCCACAUAACUGAUGACUGGGACAGACGGUUAUGUCAGACAUACUUAGAGGAGUUUAUGAGUCCAGCACUGCUUGACGGUGAGUUGUCAUUAGCUCCUGGCUUCCGGGCUCCACCAAAUCUGGAUUACGUUGGAUACCAUGCCUACAUAGAUGAAAUGCUGCCUGCAGAAAAUCCUGUUUUGUAUGGACUGCACCCAAACGCUGAGAUUGAAUUCCUAACAGUAACUUCUGAUAAUCUAUUUAAGACCAUAUUAGAAAUGCAGCCUAAAGAUACCCUGGUUGGGGAAGGAUCAGGAAUGUCCGCAGAAGAGAAGGUUAAGAAUAUAAUUGAUGAGAUUCUAGAGAAGCUCCCAGAAGAAUAUAAUUUGCUAGAGAUCAUGCAGAAGACAACAGAGAGAAGUCCAUACAUCCUUGUCUGUUUCCAGGAAUGUGAGAGAAUGAACAUCUUAAUGAGAGAGAUCCGGAGGUCUCUAAAAGAAUUGGAUCUAGGGUUAAAGGGAGAGUUGACCAUUUCAUCAGACAUGGAAGCUCUACAACUCGCACUGUACUAUGACAGUGUUCCUGAGUCAUGGACAAAGCUGGCGUACCCAUCAACGUUUGGAUUAGGGCAUUGGAUUAAUGAUCUUUUAUUGAGAUGCCGUGAACUGGAUAUGUGGACACAAGAUCUGGUGCUACCAGCAGUAGUCUGGCUCUCUGGAUUUUUUAAUCCACAGUCGUUUUUGACAGCAAUUAUGCAGAGCAUGGCCCGUAAGAAUGAAUGGCCUCUAGAUAAAAUGUGCCUCACUGUGGACGUUACCAAGAAAGCAAAAGAUGACUUUGGACACCCUCCACGAGAGGGAGCUUAUAUUUAUGGCCUCUUCAUGGAAGGUGCUCGCUGGGACCUACAGACAGGAGUAAUUUCUGAAGCACGGCUCAAAGAGCUGACUCCUCCAAUGCCGGUCAUCUAUGUGAAAGCGAUUCCAGUUGACAAGCAGGAUCUGAAGAAUAUGUACGAGUGUCCUCUUUACAAAACAAAAAUUAGAGGCCCAACUUAUGUUUGGACUUUUAAUCUUAAAACCAAAGAUAAGCCUGCUAAAUGGGUCCUGGCAGGCGUGGCCUUGUUACUGGCGGUUUAGUGCUUUAUCACGGCACUUGCACUAAUGGGCCAGGUUCACACCAGACAGUUCACGGUACUUUUCUAAACUAUAGCCAUGAAUUGAUCCUAAAUGAUGGAAAAGUAGGAAGGAAAGACCUCAACUUUUCGCUUAUUAUGACUGGCCAAAAUA